AUGGUACAAAUCGUCCCUCUCCUUUAAAAAAGAGUCCUUGGCAUGUAUAAUUGGUCUCCUGUAGCAAGAAAGUUCUUAGAACAUCCCGCAGGUCCAUUCACUAUUUUCUUUUGGUGCCCUAUGAUUAAAUGGUGUAUCACUUUUGCAAAUAUUAAAGAUCUUAAAUUACCUACUCAAUAAAUCAACUCUAAGUAAUAAGCUGCUAUAGCUCUAUCAGGUUUAAUCUGGACAAGAUACUGCUUUGUUAUUACCCCAGUUAACUAUUCUUUGGCUGCUGUUAACUUCUUUAUGGGUUUGAGCGGUUGCUACCAAUUAUUCAGAAAAUGGUAAGCAGGAUAACUUUUAGAUUGA